UUGAUUUUCUAACUGGAAUUUCCGGUUUUCCCAUGUAAAUGGUAAGUACCCCAUUUUUCAUAGAAUUAAACAACUGGGAGUAUUCCUAUCUCCCCUCCCCUCCCCUCCCCCACUGGAUGGGGUGUUUGUCCAGUGCUGGGUUUCCCCCAAUGUCUGAUUCAGUGUUCCCCAUUUAUACACCUGAAGCAAGAGGCAUUUGUCUAAGAAUACAACACCCACAGUCCACUACACUGAUGGUUACGCCAUCGCACCUCCCAUUUACGGCAUGGAAAACAUGGCAACUAUUCUUGAGAGUAAAUGACAAUCAGAGAGUGUCUGUAGUGCUUUCUUGUUAUAUGGAAUUGUUAGGCUUGACGAGACGCCUCUUCCUAAGGAAAACGAAACUAGAGUGCAAUGAACAACGGCCAUUUCCUUUCCUUAUAUCUUUGCUUUGAUCAAUAUCAAACCUCUCUGAACCCUUACCAUAUAAUACAAUGACGGAUGUAAUGAGAAAAAACCUGCUGAUCUUUUAUACAACCAAUAGUAAGGUCCCAAGCAAAAUUGUACAAAAUGUAUCGUGGAAAUUAAAUUACACACCCUCAAAAUGCUUUAAAAACUGGCUGUUCAAGAAAGUCAGUCUUAGACUCAGUUAAAAAGUUCACAAACGUUUUCCCAAGCGUGCGACUAUUCAGAAGUUCGGUGAGCGCGGUUUUUACGUUUAGCCAUCACACUUUGCGAUCGAGUUAGCAGCAGUCUCGAUGAAGUUUGCCAGCUUGACAUCAUUUUCCGACAGGCCGCUGCAGUCAUGUGUACUGAGUGUAAUCUGUACUUUGUUGUACACGUUAAACCAUUCGGGGUGAUGAUCCAUUUUCUCGGCUUGCAGAGCAACACGUGUCAUGAAUCCAAACGCUUGGUUGAAAUCUUUGAAAAGGAAUUCCUUGUAAAUAGCGUCUCUGCCUUCCACUUCUGUCCACCCAGAUUUGCGCAAGGACGGAAGAGUUGUGUUUCUUUCUUCUUCGUCGAGUUUCUGGCGUUUUGGUGCUGACAUGAUGGAAAGAAGACAAAGAAGUGUGAAAGAUGUUCACUUGCGGUACAUUCGAGCGCGGAAAUGAAACAGGUAGCCAGGGAGGGGAGAGUCGAGUAUUUGCCUUCAUUUCAUCGAUGGUCAAUAUUUUAUUCUAGAUGUGCAUGGAGAUACACUAACAGAAAAACUGUCAAAAUUAAUAAAACAAGUUUAUACAGAGUCCAUAUUAGAACACGCGAUGUGAAAUAAAAUGAGAACACGUUCAUUUGUAAGGAGAAAAAUACCGUUCCCCACCCCGAGAAGAAGAAAAAUUCCCCUCGUGCUGGACGAACAUUCCACGUGACUUCUACACAAACCAAUCACGUAACCAGACAGUGCAGCUUUCCCGCCAAAUUUGUUCUCCCGGGAAGAAGCAAGCUGUAGUCGGUUGAGUGAAGCCUUCGCGAAAAUGUCAGGUUUUGACGAGCGUCCAGUUUAUUUCAGCGAUGCGUUUGGCUCCGAGGAGCAAGCAGAUGAGCGAGAAGUUAACAGAAUCAGUGCUAAGAAGAGAUUCAGGGAAUUUAUUCGUGAAUUUCACGAAGGAACAUUCAGCUAUCCCUACCGUGAUCAGCUUAAAAGACAUUAUAACUUAGGACAGUACUAUCUUGAAGUAGAUCUUCAAGAUUUGACGAGUUUUGACGAGCAACUUGCUGAUAAACUUACCAAGAGUCCUGCAGAAUUCUUGCCUCUGUUUGAAGAUGCAGCUCGAGAGAUGGCAGAUGAGAUUACAAAGCCACGUCCACUGGGAGAAGAGGAAGUACAAGACAUUCAGAUAACUCUCAAGUCUGAUGCAAACCCAAUGAGUGUCAGAGAGCUUAGGUCUGAGCAAAUGGCAAAACUGGUAAAGAUUCCAGGUAUUAUUAUCAGUGCUUCAGCUAUCCGUGCAAAGGCAACCAACAUUACCAUCCAGUGCCGUUCUUGCCGUAACACCAUCUCCAACAUUCCUCUGAAGCCUGGUCUGGAAGGAUAUGCCAUGCCUCGGAAAUGCCCCAGUGAUCAGGCUGGCCGUCCACCUUGUCCUUUAGAUCCAUUCUACAUCAUGCCUGAUAAAUGCAAGUGCGUUGAUUUCCAAGUAUUAAAACUGCAAGAAUCUCCAGAUGCUGUGCCCAAUGGAGAAAUGCCACGUCAUAUGCAGUUAUACUGUGACAGGUACUUGACAGAAAAAGUAGUCCCUGGUAAUAGAGUUACUGUGAUGGGAAUAUAUUCCAUCAAGAAAGUUGCACAAAAAAAUGACAAGGACCGUGAUGGUGUGGGUGUUGGUAUCAGGAAGCCAUACCUCCGCGUGGUUGGCAUUCAGGUUGAUACAGAAGGCCCUGGCCGCAGCUCUGGAGCACCACUGAAUCCUCUUGAAGAGGAAGAGUUCAACAGAUUUGCCAGCAGACCUGAUGCUUUUGAGACAAUAGCAAAGAGUAUAGCUCCAUUUAUCUACGGCAGUGAAGAUGUCAAGAAGGCUAUUGCAUGUCUGCUGUUUGGAGGGUCUCGCAAAAGGCUUCCUGAUGGACUCACUCGUCGUGGUGACAUCAAUGUGCUCUUGCUAGGUGACCCUGGUACUGCUAAGAGUCAGCUGCUGAAGUUUGUAGAGAAGGUUUCUCCUAUUGGUGUGUACACAUCAGGAAAAGGGAGCAGUGCUGCUGGAUUGACAGCAUCAGUAAUGAGGGAUCCAGCAUCACGUAACUUUAUUAUGGAGGGUGGAGCUAUGGUGCUAGCUGAUGGUGGUGUCGUUUGCAUUGACGAGUUUGAUAAGAUGCGUGAAGAUGACCGUGUGGCUAUCCAUGAAGCUAUGGAACAGCAAACAAUUUCAAUUGCUAAGGCUGGUAUCACCACAACAUUGAACUCAAGAUGUUCUGUGUUGGCAGCAGCAAACUCUGUCUUUGGUCGCUGGGAUGAAACUAAAGGAGAAGAGAACAUAGACUUCAUGCCAACCAUAUUGUCCCGUUUUGACAUGAUUUUCAUUGUCAAGGAUGAACAUGAACAGAGCAAAGACAUGCGCCUUGCCAAACACGUUAUGCAAGUCCAUCUGAAUGCAGCUCAAGUUGGACAGGCACAAGAGGGUGAAUUGAGCCUGAAUUUCAUAAAGAAGUACAUUGGUUACUGUCGCAACAAAUGUGGCCCCAGGCUGUCUGAGGAAGCCGCCCAGAUGCUCAAGAACCGUUAUGUUCUCAUGCGAAGUGGAGCACGUGAUUAUGAAAAAGAUGCUGAGAAAAAGAUCAACAUACCCAUCACAGUCAGGCAACUGGAGGCAAUUAUCAGGAUUUCCGAGUCACUGGCAAAGAUGAGGCUAUUGCCUUUUGCUACAGCAGCACAUGUGGAAGAAGCUCUGAGGCUUUUCCAAGUGUCGACACUGGAUGCUGCUAUGUCUGGUAGCCUCUCAGGAGCAGAAGAUUUUACUCCAGAACAGGAUGUUGAGGAAGUGAGACAGAUAGAAAAGCAAAUCAAGAGAAGAUUUGCCAUUGGAACUCAGGUUUCUGAACAAAGAAUAAUCCAGGAUUUUGAAAAACAGAAAUAUUCUGAACGUGCUAUCCACACCGUAAUUUACAUUAUGCUGAGAAGAGGCGAGCUUGAACACAGAUUUCAAAGAAAGGUCCUGUACAGAGUGAAAUGAUCAAACCAUUCCUGUUAACUGUGACAAAGCUUCAAGUAUCCUGCCAUAUUUGGAUCAUAAUUGGGACCAAUAGUCUCAUCGUUUUGUGUUAUUUGUCUUUGCUCAAAAGCUUUACAGAGUUCCUCAUAUAAUAACUGCAUUAAGACAUUAAAAUUCACAAGAUCACUUACAUUCUCUGUCUUUGCUAAAAUAGUAAGAAACACCUUUGUAUACAGCUUAUGUUGUUAAUAAAAGACAUUCCAAAAAAAAAAAAAGAAUGGUGCCAAGUAUUUUAUCAACUUGCGAGUGUCCUUCCUUUGCUUGCACAGUAACUAUUUGGCCUAAAUAUGUGAAUUACAACCAGUUUUUCACAAGAUGAACUAAAAGGGCUCAGUUUCACACAACAGUGUCCCAAAAAAAGUGUUCUGUGUUAUGGAGUUGUAAAUUAAGCAGUGUAACUGACACUUUUAAGUUUAGCACCAUGUUUACACUUAUUUCAGCUCUAUUUUCCUUUGUUCAAGUCCUUUAAUGCUUGCCCAAAAAUAGAAUGAAAAAUAUGCCUUUUCUCCAGUAUUAAAACUUAGUGACACUUGUUUUAUUUGUGGGAGUAUCUGCCAGGUGCAGCAAAUUCCACCCUGGCACCUAGCUGUUGCUAAGCUAUAUUGAUCCAAUGUGAUCCCCUGAAAACUUUCAGAGACUGAGACACUUUCAAGUUCCAACACUAUCCUCAUACUGUAAUGCCAGUUUCCCCCUAUCAGAUUCUACUUCCUAAAACGUAUGGGAAAUAAUUGUAGAAACAGGCCACUCUUUGUUACUCAUCACAUGAUUAUAUCACAAAUUUAAACAUUGCAAUCUCCAUGCCAUUUGGUUGAAUGAUAUAAUCUUUUUUCACCAACUGAACUUGUUGAUGCAGUUGAUAUGUUUUAAGUGACCAAGCCUAUGUGCCAUCUUUCAAUUUUAUUCCUGCACGGUUGGUAGCAAAUUAAGCGUGCACACAAGGUGUAAUUGCUCCAAUGGUCAGCUCACUUUUCCAACCAAGUUAAGAGAAACUGAAAUGAAGAAUGAAGGGAGAAGGAUCUUUUACAAAGCCUGGAAGCAAGCUAUCAAUGGCACUGAAACAUGUCUCACAUGUGUGAAGCCAAUGGAAGCCAAUAAAGAAAUGAUAUUUUGUAAGCUAAACCAAAGGCGAAACCCAACUCCUUCCCAGGGUUGCUCAUCUCAGGCUGUACCUUUAGGCCCUGGAGAGGGCAGAAGAAAAGACUGAGAAUAAGACUUCCAUCUGGCCUACACCAACAGAACAAUCCCAAAUAAAUACCCACACAAGCUGUUACUAGUUCACAAGUUAGAAUUUUAUUGUUACCAGCAUUAUCUUCUGGUUGGAUCUACAAAAAACAAUAUUAUAUACUGGUUGACAUGAAAAAGACAAGAAUGAGUCUCAAGCUCAAGUAUGCCCAGCCUCUUGUGCAGUCACUCUUUGACAUGCAGCACAAUCAUCC